CUUCUACAGCUCUGACGGUGAGACCACAUAAUCUUCUUACCGGCCGACAUAGCCUCAGACCACCGCCACCCCAGGCUUGCAUUGAGCAAAGUCCAUCGUCUCUAACCUGCAAGGUUAAAACCGGUUCUCUCUUCCAUUUGUUUUUUUCUAAAACCCCCAGCUUAUUCCUAAAAUAAAAGGCUAAAACCCCACUCUGUUCAGGCUCAAAAUAAUAUUCAAUGGAAAGGCUCUAAAUUUUUUGUGCCUGGCUGUUGUCCAUCUCUUUUUCCGGUUGCACCCAUUUGUAUUUCUUGUUCCUAGGGAGCCCGUUUAUUGAAAUUCCAACAGAGCCUUGAAGACAAGCAAUCCCGAUUGUCUAUUUUCUUUUCAAAGGCAUGCUGUUGAGUAGCAAGCUGGCUCAAAAGUAUAUUUGAGAGUUUGACAUAUUGCAUAGAUGGAUAUAGUUGAAUCCAUAUUGGAUAUUCCUGUGCAAGACCCACCAGAGGACUUCUCUUCUGCUGACCUGACCUGGACGAAAUUUGGCACAGCUGACCGCCAUGAAGAUGUAGCGCUUAUUCCUUAUGAACAAGUAGAUGCAUUUAUUGUUGGAGAAUGCUCUAAUGUUGAAUACCCUACACAAUUCCAUAUUGAGAGGGGAAGGAAAAGAUCAAAGGGCGAGUUGAAGAAGUAUAAGAGUGAUGAAUAUCUAGAGUAUAGGUGGUAUUGGUGUUCCUUUGGUCCUGAAAAUUAUGGAGAAGGUGGAGAUGUAUUACCUAGCCGAAGAUAUCGCCUUCAAACCCGAAACCGUGCUCCUAGACCUCAAUCAAUGCGAGGCUGCCAAUGCAAUUUUACUGUGAAACGUCUAUAUUCUCGUCCAUCUAUAGCCCUCAUUAUAUACCAUGAAAGGCGUCAUGUAAACAAGUCUGGUUUUGUCUGCCAUGGGCCACUUGACAAAGAUGCCAUUGGUCCUGGUGCCAAGAAAAUUCCAUAUAUAUGUAAUGAAAUUCAACAACAAACAAUGUCUAUGAUUUAUCUUGGAAUUCCUGAAGAAAAUGUCUUAGAAAAACACAUUGAGGGCAUUGAAAGAUACUGUGGUGCAAAUCCAAAAGUUAAUAGCCUUGCUUCACAGUAUGUCCACAAACUUGGGAUGAUUAUUAAACGGUCCACCCAUGAAUUGGAUCUAGAUGAUCAAGCUAGCAUUCGGAUGUGGGUUGAACGCAAUAAGAAAUCCAUAUUCUUCUAUCAGGAUUCAUCAGAAACUGAUCCUUUCAUUCUGGGAGUUCAAACGGAAUGGCAAUUGCAACAAAUGGUACGUUUUGGUCAUCGCAGCCUCAUUGCGACUGAUUCAACAUUUGGCAUAAAAAGACUUAAGUAUCCCUUAUGCACCCUUCUUGUGUUUGAUUCAAGACAACAUGCGCUACCUGUUGCAUGGGUCAUUACUCGUAGCUUUGCUAAGCCAGAUGUGACUAAAUGGAUGAAAGCUCUACUUGAUCGAACUCGUGGUGUAGACCAGCGAUGGGAAAUCAGUGGUUUUUUGAUUGAUGAUGCUGCAACAGAGAUUGAUCCCAUAAGGGAAUUGUUUUGUUGUCCAGUCCUCUUUUCCCUCUGGCGUGUUCGUAGAUCAUGGCUGAGGAAUGUUGUUAAGAAAUGCUCCAACAUUGAAGUUCAACGUGAGAUUUUCAAAUGUUUGGGCAAAAUAGUUCACAGCAUUUGGGGUGGAGUGGAUCCUUCAGUUGUUUUGGAAGAUCUUAUUCAGGAUUUUGUUGAUCAAACUGCCUUCAUAGAGUAUUUUAAGGCAUCUUGGGUGCCUAAGAUAGAAAUGUGGCUCUCAACAAUGAGAAUGCUUCCACUUGCAAGUCAGGAGGCAUCUGGGGCCAUAGAAGCCUACCACGUGAAGCUUAAAGCAAAAUUGUUUGAUGAUUCACAUCUUGGUGCACUUCAAAGAGUUGACUGGUUAGUCCACAAGCUCACCACUGAAUUGCAUUCAGCCUAUUGGCUUGACCGGUAUGCAGAUGAAAGUGAUUCAUUUCAAAAUGUUAAGGAGGAAUAUAUUGCAUCUACAUCGUGGCAUCGUGCACAACAAAUUCCCAAUUCUGCCGUUACCUUGGAUGAUAAGAAUCACCAAUUUGCCAAGGUGGAAAGCCAGAAAGACGGCAGUGUAACACAUUUAGUUUGGAACCCUGGAUCAGAAUUUGCUUUCUGUGAUUGUGCAUGGUCUAUGCAAGGCAACCUUUGCAAGCAUGUCAUUAAGGUCAAUAUGAUGUGUGAAAAUUGUGAGGGCUAUCAACCUUCCAUGUCUUAUCAGUCCUUCAGAGAGAUAUUGGUGGAUCUCUGGAAAAAGCCAAUGGAUGAUUCAGUUGCAUUAGAUGAGUCGGUUGCUUGGACUCACCAGAUGCUCAAUCAAAUUAAACAACUAGUGGAACUGACUACUUCAAAUGACAUUGGUGCUGUUGUAAACAAUAUGCCAUUGAAAUGGGUAUCUAAGAAAGGCAGGACGUUUGUUGGGAUACCAGCCUCUAUUCAAGCUCCUCCAUCCAGUUCCAAGACCAUUUCAAAGAAUGCACGCAGGAGUAGGAAGAGAAAAAGAUUGUCAAGAUUGAGAUGAUAGCAUAAGUUGUUUCUAUAGUGUGUCAUAGCUUGACACUGCCCACUGGAUGUCUAACAUGCAAAUCUUUUUGACUGUCAUGGUGACUGACUGCAUGGCAUGCGUGGUGCUUUUACUUUCUUGGAGAAGCUAACCCAUGCUAAAUGAAGCAGUGAUCGAGUGUAGCCAACCUAUGAAGAUAUAUUCUCAUGAAACACUGCAUUUUCACUUACAAUAGUUGGAAAUGUGAAGAUUUCUUAGAGAAUAAUCACUCUUGAAUUCCAUCAAGAUGGAUUGGGAAGCGGACUGUGAAAAGAAGGUAGCAAUCACUAUCAAAAUUUGCUUCAGAAUUUGGGCACACUUGGGUAUUAUGCUAAUUAUUUCAUUCCAUCAUUCCUUCUGGCACUUAGUUACCUAACUUACCCUGCAGUAUAAUUGCUUGCAAGGGACCUUUAAUGUGCAUUUUUGGUUGAAGGUUAAUAUGGCGGGCAUCAUACAAUGGAUCCAUUCAUCAUAUGAUUAGUUUCUGUUGUGAAGAUGCGCUAAACUUGAAGAAUAUACAAAAACAUUGGUUGUUUAACAAACACUGUCAAAGUCAAUAGGUUGGACUUUGUUGUUAUUGACUUUUACUGUAUUAUAAAAUGAAUCCCUUUGUUUUAUGAAAGAAAGCUUAUUAUUUUCG